CCGGUGUACAUAGUAGGACAGUAAUGACGUUGACGAAUUCUUCAAUGGGAAAGCAUCAAAAGUUGACUUGAUUCCCUCCUCCAACUUUACUUGUACUUCUUCCUUCCUCUUCACAUCUUUCAACUCUCAAAAUAAUCUCUCGAUACCCUUACCAGAGACCAGCACACUAACAGCCACUACCACUUACACCACCAACCACCAAACUAAACACCCAACUCACAACAGAACAAAGCACACCAAAAAUGCAAUCCAUCCUCCAAAAAGCCACCGGCAUCGGCCCCAAGCCCGUCCAGCCCACCGACCUCAACGGCCGCGUGGCCGUCGUAACCGGCGGCGCCUUCGGCAUCGGCUUCGAAGUCUCUCGGGCCCUCGCCAACGCCGGCUGCCGAGUAAUCAUGGUGAACCGCAAAGAAGAGCAAGGCGAGGACGCCAAAGCGACCAUCAUCGCCGAAUCUCCCGGCGCCGUCGUCGAAUGGCGCGAAUGCGACAUGGGCAACCUCUCACAGGUUCGCUCCGUCUUCUCGGAACUGCGCGAGCAGCUCGACCGGUUGGAUUUCCUGGUAUUGUCGGCGGGCAUCAACACGAACCAGUACGGCCUGGACGCGGACGGGAUUGAUCGGCACUUUGGGGUGAACUAUCUGGGGCAGUAUUAUGUGGUGAAUCAGCUGUAUCCGGUCCUCCGCAAAACGAGCAAGUUGCCGAAUACGCCGGCGCCGAGGGUGGUGUUUGAGGCGAGCGAGAUGCAUCGGGCGGCGCCGAGCGCUGUGCAUUUUGCUAGUCUGGACGAGAUCAAUAACCCGGAGCUGGGACCGACGGAGCUGUAUGGCCGGACGAAGUUGGCGCUGAUUCUGUUUGCCAAGUACGGGCUGGCGGAGAAGGUGAUUAAGAAGAAUGGGGACAAUAUCUAUUCGGUUUCGGUGCAUCCUGGUGCUGUCAAUACCGCCAUGCAGCAACAAUGGAAGGACGCCUACCCCGGCAUCACCGGCAAGCUUCUCACAUGGUCCAUGCUGGCCUUUGGCCGUGACGUGAAGCAGGGUUCUUACAGUGCCUUGUGGGCGCUUACUGACCCCAAGAUCGAGGAGCAGAACCUGAACGGGUGGUACUUCAGCGACCCCGACCAGCCUGGCAAGGAGACUUCCCAGGCUUCCGACCCCGUUCUGGGUCAGGCUCUCUGGGACCUGAGCGAGCGCAUCAUCAAGGAUAAGCUUGGCGAGGAUGCUUUGGUUGACUGGUACUCUGCCUAGAGUACACGUCAAAGGGGGGGUGAAUAAUGAUCUGUUUUUGUAACGACGACAUGACCUAGAAAGACCUGACUUGACUUGAUAGCAAGCAAACAAGCAUUUUACUUUACAGCAUUUUAGCUUUUUGCCGUCUUGGUGAUCACCACGCCUUGAUAGGAAAUGACCGACCCUAUUAUAUUCAGUGCAGUGAUGAUAUUCACCUCACCUUCCUUAGGCAUCAAGCAUACAGGUAUCACUUGCAAGGAACAGUCUGGCAGUCAAGAUUCAUCUCUCGGGGUGUCUGAACAUGGGAUGAAGUGAAACACCUUGGGCCGGCUCAAGUCUUUCAUAGAAG